GCAACUAGCUCAACCGGUCAACGGCACUCCGCCGGCAACUCGGACACGUUCUACAUUUUCGCUAGACGUACUCAUGAUCGAUUAUAUUCCGAACGUGAGACCACGGGAUUGGUUCGCAACGAGUCAACGCUGCACUGUGACUAAGCUAUGUAGCUCCUGCUCGGGGAACCUUGGUACCUGCUUGUGUAUUCUCUAUUGCACAUCCCUUACACCUCAUUCCUGGGACGUAUACGUAUAACCUCACCAACAGUCGGAGCGGCCAUGACUACAGAAGCAGUAAGGCUCACUCAUUGGCAGGACCAAGUCGCAGACAAGCGGGCGCGGCAGAAGGCGUCCAUCCCGAAGGAAUGGUUGAUACCUUCCGUCCCGGAGGACACUACAAACGUUAUCGACAUUCCCCAGACAUGCGGGCUGCUCACGCAACGGGAACUGGAAAUUACUGGCGCAUCUGAGGUCACAGAGCUCCUCGGCCGGUUGGCCAGUGCGGAGUAUUCCGCUGUCGAGGUCACCACAGCGUUCUAUAAGCGAGCCAUUAUCGCCCAUCAAGUGGUAAAUUGUCUUACAGAGAUUUAUGUUGAAAAGGCUUUGCAAUGGGCCGCAGAACUCGACGCUUAUCUGAAGGAGCACGGGAAAGUGAAGGGCCCUCUACAUGGCUUGCCCGUUUCUCUGAAAGACCAAAUUCCAAUAAAGGGGCUCGAGACUACCAUGGGAUAUGCGGCCUGGGUUGGAAAGUAUGCCGAAGACGACGCCGUUCUGGUCAAACUCCUCCUCAAAGCUGGCGCCAUCCCAUACGUGAGAACGAAUUUGCCGCAGACGAUCAUGUGGGGUGAAACCUACAACAACGUCUUCGGACGUACGCUCAAUCCGUACAACCGUCGUUUUACCCCUGGAGGCUCCUCGGGUGGUGAGAGUGCGUUGAUCGCUAUGCACGGAAGCAUUCUCGGCAUAGGUUCCGACAUCGGGGGCUCCAUACGAGUCCCUGCCCACUUUUGUGGGCUGUACGGGUUCAAGCCUUCGAGCCACCGUCUUCCAACAUAUGGCGUCGUCAACUCCCUGGACGGGCAAGAAUCCGUUCCUACCGCCUUCGGACCUUUGAGCACGUCUCUCUCCGGCAUCACGACCCUCGUUCGCAGCAUCAUAGAACAAGAGCCAUGGAGUUACUGUCCCAAUACGGUACCUAAGCCUUGGCAACAAGACGACUAUUCUCUCAAGGCACGCGGUGAAGGAAAGAAGUUGUGCUUCGGCAUUAUGUGGGAUGAAGGCUCGGUCAAGCCUCAUCCCCCUAUUCAGCGAGCCCUAGAGAUGACUAAGAGAGCACUUGAGGCUGCCGGACACAGCUUCAUAGAAUGGCAGUCUUUGAGACACGCUGAGUACGUUGCCGUCGCGCGCUCUUCCUUCCUCGCCGACGGCAGCGAAGAUUACAACUCAUGUCUGACCACUGGAGAGCCAAUCAUCAACUCGAUGGACCCGAGCGCCGACCCUAGUGAUGUUCCUGCAUUCCGCAUUCCUCGCUCGCCGCUAAGCGCAUACAAGGUAUGGCAGCUGAACAAGGAGAGGAAGGAACUACGGAAGGCACUCCUUGACCGAUGGCAAGCGACUGUGUCCCAGACCGGCACCGGACGCCCCAUCGAUGCACUGAUUUGCCCCGUCGCUCCGUAUGCGGCUGUUCCUCAUGGACAGACGAGGUCGUCCAUAUAUACGAUCAUCUGGAACACAGCGGACUAUCCCAGUUUGAUCAUCCCGGUGACCAAGGUGGAUCCGGCUAUGGACACCAAACCCACUCGGGAGUCGUUCUGGAGCGAAGAAGACGAAGUGGUCUAUAAUAUGUAUGAUCCGGAGGCAUACAAGGGCCUCCCCGUGGGAAUCCAGCUUGUCGGACCAACUCUCCAGGAAGAGGUUGUGUUGGGCGUCGGAGAGGUGAUAGACGCGGCGCUUAAGGCAGCUCAGAAGGCCUGAGGUCCGAGGACGUCCAGGACUAUGCCGUUUUCUGAAUAGAUUGGCAUGUAAAGGAGUAUAUUGACUACCGG